AUGGCUGUCGCACGCACGACGCGCUCCUCCGACUCGGACUCGGACGUCGACGACGCCGACGGUGCAGAAGGGGACAGGCCUGCUGCGAGCGGCGUGCAGCUCGUGCGACAGCGUUUGCGCAAGUUCUUGAGUGCGCCGAGGACCGAGGCCUCGAUCAUCGGCCUGUCCAUGGUCGACUUUGCGCUGUGCUUCACGCAGGUGGCGUGGCUCAUCCUGCGGGACCAGAUGUGCGAGUGUCGAGGAUCGUGCGAGGAGGAGGAGCCGCGGUUCCUCGCCGUUGUGAACGUCGUCAGCCUCUGCAUCACCGGCGCCUUCGUCCUCGAGAUUCCCCUGGACGCCGCCGCAUUCGGCCACACGUACUACACGAGCGCGCGGUACCAUUGGCUGCACGUCAUCGACUCGCUCAUCAUCCUCACGGCCUUCAUCCUCGAGGUCGUCCUCCAGAGCAUCGCCGGCCAGCUCGCGUCGCUCAUGACGGUCCUGCGACUGUGGCGCGUCGUCAAGCUCGUAUCGACGGCCGAAAUCGGCCUCGUCGACUACAACGAGCUCACGAUGCACGAGGAGGAGCGUAGGCUGUGGCGCCGCGAGCAGGAGCGCACGCGCGGCGUCGUCGACGGGCUCAGGCACAGGUUGAGCAGGAGCGAGACGCACUAG